CCGCCCGCCUCGGUACGAGGGGGCGGGGCGGCCCCGUCCGGCUCGGGGCCUGGGCGCAGGCCGCCGCCGCGCUGCCUCCCGCCGCCAGCGGGGCAGAGCCGCCCCGCCCCCGCUCCCCUGGCAGCGACCCGCCCGCCUCCUACCUGCCCGGGCGUCGGCGGCAGCCAUGAGGGCGGCGAGAGAGGAGCAGCCGGUGGCGGCCGGAGGCGGGCAGCCCUGGGAAAAAAUUGCGUAUGUUGAGCCACCUAGGAGAGUUAAAGAAGUAAUUGAAGAAGAUCUUUAUUUCUGGAAAGAAGCAUGCCAUACUAAACAUCCAGCUGCAGUGGCUCUGGACGGGAUUUGCAGUGUGAAAAAGAAUUUUGCCAUUGGAAGCCUGAAACCAGUGUCACAGAACAGAAACAGUUUACUUUUACAGCCUCAGUUCUACUCAAGGCAUGCAGGAAUGAAAAAUUGCUGAACUUCAGUGCUGUGAAGACCUGAGCCUGUUGUGAUGUGUCAAAUCAAACACAAAAAUGACUGGCUGCCUUUGGAAAAGCAGAUCUGUAAUUCUAAAAUUUUGAAGGAAGUUCUGUUUGGAUAGGGAGCUAUUUCUUCGUUUGUUGUUUUAUUCAUAUCCUCAUGCCACUUUUUAAUCUGAUGUUGUAGUAGCCAACUCUGAUCCAUAUUUCAGCCAGUGAUGAAGAUGUCAUAAUCCAAAGAUUACAAAAUGUUCUUGCUGACAAAAAUGUACUACUGUGAAACUUGACAUUUUCAUAGGCUUCUUUGUUGCAAAGUGAUUCUAAGUUCUGGCAGAAGAUUGUAAUGUAAUUGAAGAGAUGCCUUUAAGUGCCUUAGGCCGAGUCCUUUCAUUGAACUGAGCAGUUCAGAAGCCAGGAGUUUGUGGUUUGAUAUCUAGCCUGAUUUAAUAAAAGUUUAACAUAAAUAAA